AUACAUGGCUGGGGUAUAAUUUUCGCGGUUUCCCACUUCUCUCUGAACUAUCAUGCUUUGCAUUUAUACCAGUAAAAAUUUUGUUCGGGAACUUUGUCGUGAUUGCGCAAGACUCUCCACCCCUGUUUCUUUCACUCGUACACAUCACUCUUCACCAUGAACCGUCUAUCUCGUGUGUUCAGCCCUCUCUCUCGUAUCAAUAGCGGCGAACCAAACGGCACUCUCACCGCAGACAACAAAUGGAUAGUUGAAGAACGAUCUAUUGAUGAAUGCAGACCCCUGAGAAUUGUCAUCAUCGGUGCUGGGAUUUCUGGAAUCGUUUCCUCUAUUCGGAUUGCACAGCGGAUCCCCAAUGCGGAGAUCUGCGUAUAUGAAAAGAACGAGGACAUCGGAGGGACUUGGUUCGAGAACAGAUACCCGGGAUGUGCAUGCGAUAUCCCGGCACACACAUAUCAGGCGACCUUCGAGCCGAACAAGGCAUGGUCACAAUUCUAUGCCUCAGCAAAAGAAAUCCAUCAGUACUGGAAAGGAGUCGUGCAGAAAUAUGGAUGCAUGAGGUACAUCAAAUUGAAGCAAAGGACUGUAGAAGCCGUGUGGGAUGAGAAUAACUCCAAGUGGAACCUAAAGGUCCAAAAUGUUGACAAUGGCUCCACAUACCCCGAUACAUGCGACGUGUUGAUUUCGGCGACCGGUGCUUUGAACGAGUGGAAAUGGCCCAAUAUCCCUGGUCUUCACGAUUUCAAAGGAAAGUUACUGCACAGCGCUAGCUGGGAUGAAAGUUACGACUACGGCGGAAAGAAAGUUGCUGUCAUUGGAAACGGUUCGAGUGGGAUUCAGAUCGUCCCAGCUAUGCUGCCACAUGUAUCUCACAUCGACCAUUAUAUCCGGGGACGAACGUGGCUUGCUCCAACAUUCGCACGAGGCGAGAUCGAUAAGAGGAACGCUGAACUGGAAAACUUCUCCUUCACCCCCGAAGAGAUCGAGACAUUCAAGAGGGAUCACCAAGCCUAUCAGAAAUUUCGGAAAGAAAUUGAACUGGAACUGCAGGCAGUGCAUGGGGCGACUAUCACAGGCACGCCGGAGCAAAUCGGCGCUCGAGAGAUCUUCCUGCAGAACAUGAAACGACGUUUAAACAGAAAGCCAGAGCUUGUGGAUGAGCUCGUACCAUCAUUUCCGCCUAUCUGUCGACGUCUCACACCGGGACCUGGCUAUCUUGAAGCCCUGACAGAUGACAAGGUUGAACUCAUCACAUCCGAGAUCGUCAAGGUCGAUGAAGCGGGCAUUUUGACAGCGGAUGGAAAGCACCACCCUAUCGAUGUUCUUGUCUGCGCCACUGGAUUCGAUACCACAUUUUCACCGCGAUUCUCCAUCAUUGGCCGCGGUGGUGUCUCCUUGAGUGAUCGGUGGAAGGACACCCCAGAGACGUAUCUUUCGUUGGCUACGGAUGGAUUCCCCAACUAUUUCAUCUCCUUGGGCCCCAAUGCGGCCCUGGGGGAGGGGAAUCUACUGCUCCUAGUUGAGAAGUCAAUCGAUUACUUCACGGAGUGUCUGAAGAAGAUGCAGCGUGACAACAUCCGAUCGAUGAGUCCUCGUCUUGAAGCAGUCCAACGCUUUACCAAACACUGCGAUCAGUAUUUCUCGCGAACCGUAUUCAACAUGAAAUGCCGUAGCUGGUACAAGGGAGGAUCUGAGGAUGGAAGAGUGACAGCACUGUGGCCAGGAUCCUCUCUUCAUUCGUUGAAGGCUCUGAAAUUUCCACGCUGGGAAGACUGGGAGUACGAGUAUGUCAAUAACAACCCGAAUGGCUGGAUCGGGGACGGCUGGACAGAGAACGAGAAGAACAAGACCAUCAAUGUGGACUAUCUGGAUGACGAUCAGGUUGAUUUCCCAACUCCCGUUGCGGAUCACGUUGGAAACGGGUUUGUAGCUAAGAUGGGAGUCUUGUGAAGGGUGGGAGAUGACCGGGGAGGAUGUGGGAUAGUAUCAGAGGCUGUAGAGUGUACAUAUCCGGCAUGCAAGAAGUUUCUUGGGUUCCAUCAUGCUACUUGUUUGUUGCCUCAGGCACCAGUGG